AUGGACCCUUGUUGUGUGUCUAUGAUCAAUAACACGCACUUAAACGACUCUACAUCCAGUUCUGAUGCAGCAGAUGUGUUAAUUAACUCAAGCAGAGCAGCUUUGGGUGCCAGCAGAGAGGAAAUACAGCGUAAGAGCCAUAAUAAAGUUAAUAUUUACAUCAGGAGACUGUCAGACUCUGAAGAUGUUCAUUCUGUGGGUGGGAGAGAAAUCCCACCUGUCCUGUCUGUGAAUAUACCUUCAGCUUCAGAUGCAGGUAACCCCCAUGAACAACAGUCUGGUGGACCAUCAAAUCAAUUUGCUGACUUUUUUGACCAAGUCUCCAGGAAAGAGAAAAGUAAAGUUCAAACUACAAUCAUGCAGACAGCAAACUUAAAGUCAAAAGGUGAAGAUGUGCACAUUUCUACAUACUCUGCUGAUGGGAGAGGAGCAGUUUCUGCAGCCCUCAAGAAAAGAUCCCAAAGUGCCCCUUUAAGACGUAACGUGACAGUACAAGUGUUGGACCAAGACAGAUCCCAAACUCCAGGAGGCCAGUCAGAUCCUGUUUGUCCAUUAGGAGAUCCUGGGACUUCUGCAAAUGUGGCAGCCAUAACAGCUGCUACUAUUGCUGCCACAGCGCCACUUAUCAAGGCUCAGAGUGAGAUGGAGGCUCAGAUCGCACUGGUAACUGCUGAGCUGCGGAGGUUGCAGGCAGCAGAGUCCAAUGUCCAGCCGGGAAGGGCGGCCAGUACUGAGAACAGUCCUGCUGGGAGAGUAGCCCAUCUGGAGGAACAACUUAGCAUUCUGAUCCAGCAGAGACUGCAACACCUGGAGACGAUCCAAUGUCAGCAGAUCCAGCUGCAGAAUCGCCUCCUGGGAUCAGCUUUGGAUGUCGUAGCAGCUCGGGCAAACACAGACUCACAGUCCACCCUGCACAUGAGCUCUGGAAUCACCCAGACAGACUCUCUGCCAGCUCAGAUCUCAGGCAGUCGCAGCAUCAGUCUCUCUGCUACUGAUAAAACCUCUGCUGGAAGCCCAGCAUCAGGUGAGGCUGCUGCUGAGAUUUGGUGUCUGGUGCCCGGGCUGAUCCUUGCGAUAUCUUCUCUCUUUGCAGGAAAUGGCAGACUUCAGGACCAGAGCCCUAAUAACCGGAGGUCUCCCGAGAGAUGCGGCUUGCAGUCUGUUGGGGUAAAGAGGUUCGCCAUGGCAACAGCCGACAACGGCCAACCAGAGCGGUCCAGGAAAAGCCAGACGCCACCUAAAGCAUCUGUUGCUCUUACUGGUAGUGUACAACCUGAAGAACCGGCUUUCAUGAAGCCACAGAAUGAACGGAAGAACCAGGCAGAACAUAUACAUGUGGCGUCUUCCAGCUCGGCUGUCCAAAGAGCCAAUGAGAUGCUGCAGGAUCCGGGACGGUUUAAAAAUGAGAUGAAGAGUCUACUGCAGAUUGCUGAUGCGUUUCCUGUGCAGAAUGCCAAGUCGACCCAGAACAGCAGGAGCAGCCAUCUCGCCCCCUCCACCACGGCCCCGCCUCUUUCCAUAACCCCCAUCUCCGUGCCCCCAGAGCCGGUUGAUGCAAUUACCAUCAGGGCUGCUCCUUUAAACAGAGCCAGCAUUCUGAAGAGCAUCCAGCCGCCCACAUCCAUGUUUGAGGAUGCAGGACUGGUCCUGAGGCAGGUCAGGCAGAGCAAGAAGGUUCUGGAAGAAAACCUGGAAGCCAUUUUGAGAGCCACAGAUGGAGAGGUGCUUCACACGCAGUUAGAGGCACUGUCGAAAAACAGAGAUGUCCGUGAAGAGCUGAGGAUAAAGAAGACAGUUGAUGCCUGGAUCAAUACACUCAGCAAGGAGAUUCAGGAUGAGCUGGUGAGGGAGAACUCUGAGAGGAUUGUGGAGAGGAGCGAUGCUGCAGUCUCUAAAGUGGUGCAGCAGGGCCAGGGGAGCAGGAGCGGACGUGUGGCUGGUCCGAGAGGGGGAGGAAGAGCAAGAGGGGGAAGUGAAACCUCUGCGGCAGAGAAGAAAACCUCUCUGAGAGGCUCAGUUAGAGCGCAAGCAGAAAACACACUGGCACACAGCAAACAACCCGCUCUGUCUGUCAGAACCAGACCUGAAGGGAAGCGAGAGACGGCUCAGCCGGCUGGGAUAAAAUCUCAGGAUGAUCAGGAGUAUCUGGUCAGGCUGUAUGGAAAAGCCCUUUAUGAUGGCCAUCGACGAACACUUAAAAAAAGCCCUUACCUUCGAUUCAACUCCCCCACGCCAAAAUCCAAACCGCAACGACCGAAAGUAGUAGAGACUGUCAAAGGGGUGAAGAUGAAGUCAUCUAAAACCCAAACUAGCCAGUUUGUGGAUGAUGGUCCUGCGCUGCAGUCUUCAGUCUCUGAGCCCCAUUUCCUGUUCAGCCCCAGUGAUCCUGCCCAACAGCAGCAGCCUGGCUCUCCAGUGCGAGGUUACCUCAUUCCCAUGGCCAUACCUUUAGGUAAGCCCAGAGUGGACGGCCAGGCCCCGGUGCCUUCAUGGGUCAUCAUUAGUGACAAACCAGCCACUGUAACAACUUCCUUCCCUUCCAUCACUGUUCCUGAACCCAAACCUGCUCCUGCUAUUCGGAAACCCAACACCAUCUUACUGGAGGUCCAGUCAGAACCGAAGAGACGGACCCCACAGCUCCAAAUACAGGUCCAGCCUGGUGUGAACAUUGAGAGUGGUCUGUGCAUCCGGCCAGCUUCCUCGUCUACACCAUUGAUUCCAGCCGAAACCAUCCUUCCUCCACCUUCAACCCAUGCUGCCGAGGAACUGCAUGCUGGUGAAGAUCAGGAGGAAAAUAUCUUUCCCGGAACCAAUUUCUUGGCUGUAGCCGACAUCAGCCAGGAAACAAACGGUGGACUUCCAGACUCUCCUAUAGAGCUCAAUGGGCUGCCGUCUCCUCCAGCUGCUCUGUAUCACGGCCCGGCGUUUCCUCCACAGCCUUCCCAGUCCACCCAUCUGACCGAGCCAAUCCUGAGCACCAUCCAGCAGAGAGAAACCCUGGAGAACAGACUGGUAGAUUGGGUGGAGCAACAGCUCAUGGCCAGAAUGAUCACUGGAAUGUUCCCUCAGCCCGUCCAGACUGAUCCAGCCAGCCAAUCAGAGCCGGAGAAUAGUGUGACAUCAGGCAUAGUGGAGGCCGCAGGUGGUGGUGGGCUUCAGUUGUUUGUGGACACAGGGGUACCAGUGGACUCGGAACUCAUAAGACAGUGUGUAAAUGAAGUGCUGGCUGAAACCGCUGCAGUAAUGCUGGGACAGAGAGAGAUGCAGAUAGCGCCCACUGCCCCUGUCCAAACACAGGAUGCUCAGGAGGAGGUGUCUACGGUACCAACACCUGCACCCACUCCUGAGCCAGGCUCGACUGAGGCGCUGUCUCCUGUCAGAACCCCUGAUCUUUCCAAGCAUCUUUCUUCAGUUUUGUCCCCCAAAGAAAACCAUCAGGGAUCUGCUUCAUCAGGUCCAAAUAGAAUUCCUGUGGGAACACCGGCUACCACACCAAUCCCAUCUCCCACCAGGGUGGCCACACCCUCACCUCCUCCAGCCAAUCAGAGCCCAGAUUCAGGAACAGAGCUCCCCCUGGAGGAGGAAGAACCACACAGCGAGAGGCAGGAACAGCCUUCAGCGUCAGUUUUGACGUCAGUAGCCCAAGAGGACGAUGAGGAAGAAUCAGUCAUCCAUUCAUCUCCACCAAUCCUCUCCAAACCCAAGACUUCCCCACCUCCUCUUCCUCCUGUGAGCCAGGAACCUCCUCCUGCCGCCCCCCUUGAAUCCUUCUCUUCCUCCUCCUCCUCAGAGGAGAGCAGCUCUAGUUCCAGUGUGACUGUCACGGAGACGCAGACGCCAGCCAGACACAUCUCAGAGGGAGAGCUGCUGCUCACUCACGGCCAGAUGGCGGCAGUCAGAGUUCUGGAAGAGGAAGGAGUCCUUCUGCCUAAUUUAAUGACCAGCCUGAACAGUUCCCUGCAUGGAGUCCAAGAUAUGGAUUACGAUCCGCCCAGUGAAGGUCAGGUGAUCAGAGCUCCACACCUUCCUGCUCAUCAUGAUCCCGUCCUGUCUCUGUUGGCCAGAAUGGAACGCGGCCCUGUCAGACAAUCAAAGCAGCCAGAGAAAUGGUGGGAGGAGGAGAGCAGUGGAGAGGUCAGUGAGGGUCAGAGACCACUUCUGACGACCGCAGCGGAGAUUGUGCUGACCGGACACUCACUCAUGGAUCAUCAGAGAUACACACAGCACAGAUCCACUGAGAUCUCACCACACGCCACACUCUCAUCACCUGGACAAGUGCUCGCCGACCACACAGGUGCAGUGGUUGAAGACAGUGGGCUGUCAGUGAACCUCAGGUCAUUGGAGAAACAGAAGGAAGCUGAGGUUUAUCAUCAUGUGGUGACUGUCUCCUCCCCUCAUCCACAGGACACACAAAAUCAGAGCUCCCAGACGGCACAGGCGGUCCACAGACCUGCACCAAUCCUGGUGAGGCAGUACCAAGACAAAGAGGAACCAGAGUUACUGCAGCUGAGGAGACUUUCAGAUGACACGUUUUUUGGGGACAACAAGAAAGGUGAAGACAUUUUUCUGCACACAGAAGGAGGAAGUGAUGUCAGAGUGAUGUCAGUGAGGCUGCUUUCUGUCAAACAAGAUCAAGAGUCUGUCAGCCUCAGCUCUGUUGAAGGAGAUACAGACUCUUCUGCUAAUGAUGUGUUUUAACAGUGAUGACCCUGUGAAACCUCUGACAGGAAACUGCUAAGUGCCUGAAAGGAAGGAGAUGUUCUCAGCCUUAAAUUAUUCACAUCACAGAAACUCAUUUUGGAUGACAGUCAGUGCAAGAGAUAUAAUGAACUCUCUCUAAUGUCUCUUGCAUUGCUGUGCGACUGUAAUAGUACAUUUUUAUACAAAUAAAUUUCAAACAAAUCUGUAUCUUUCUUUGUUUUUGCAUUUUCCCACGAUUUUAAACUUUUGAAUUGAAUUUUUCAUCAUUUGUCGGGUUCUUUUGUCCAAGCUGGGCUGUUCUCUGUCAUGGUAAUGGCAGCGCAGAGCAUUACUUCAUUAAAGAGAGGGUUUUCACAUCAUUAGUCUCAGACUGCUGUUUCUCCCAUUACAGGGGGAGAUAGAGAGAGAUAGCCGCUAUCAGAUGCUGCUUUGCAGUGUCCUGCACUGAUGAUGCCUGUCUAAUAAGCAACCUGUUUCUUUCAGCACUCAAAA